GUCUCUUGUCCUCUCUUGUCGCACAUGCUCGUGGCGCUCCUUGUCCUCAGCAGCCUGACACAGACACACCUACAUACAUACAGACAGACAGACAGACAGACAGACAAUCAUACAGUCAGAGGGGCAUGAGGAUGGAUGGAUGUCAUGUGGUCUCACCUGAUCCUCGCUUUGCUUUGCGAUUCCCUCGCCGCUUCGCCACAUAUCUCGGAUCAGCACAGGACUCGGCGUAUGCCUGACUCAGACAUGCACGGCAGCUUAUGUCUAAGGCCUGUCUUAUGCCUGUCUUAUGCCUAACUCAGGCCUGUCUUAUGCUACCCACCUGCAUUUCGCCCUCAUCGAGGUAUGGUAGGCGAAACUUGAGCUCCUUGCGCCUGCGACCACUCUCGUCGGCUUCCACGACAACCACCCACUGCUCGAUGUCGCCAUAUCGUCUGUUGGCGACCGCAUGCCACACGCCUGGUACGUCACUGUGGCGCUGCACUGCAGACACGACCAGAGACAACCACACAUGUUGGUGACACCAUUUUCUCUCGUGCGGUGCAAACCUUCGAUGACGCCCUCGACCAUCUUCUUGUACUGCUGAUGGGUCUCGAACAGGGCUGCGCCGACCAGACAGACCUGCAGCACCGAUGAGGCGACAGCCUGCACACACAGAGAGAUGAUUGCAGGUCAAACGCCCGGACCGGCGCACCCACCGCUUGCUCGUCGGGCAUCUGGUCGAUGUAGGCGUCGUCCAUGUUGACGGCUCCCUCGAACAGUGGGCUGGACACGACCUGCAUGAACGUGAGACCACAUGACACCCACGCACACAACCCCACACACUUAAAGCGUCGCCGGCACUUACAGUAGAGACAGCGCCGGGUGACAGGGCCUCCUCAGUCAUCACACGCGCGUCGACCACGUCGGCCAUACGUUGAGCACUGUCAACAUCCACACAGACACACACAUUCAUGUCGAGUGUGUGCGUCAAGCCGUGUGCGUGUCUCGGCUGACAUGCGGCUGAGGCUGCCAGUGGAGGUCCACUCUGCCCUGAUCAGGUAGCUCCAGUCAUCCUGCGGCAGCAUGGACUUGAUCUCCUGGUACGUUGACUUGAUGGAGUUGGCGACACGGAUGGCCUCGGUCCAGGCGAACAGGUUCUCUGUGUGUGUGUGCAUCAGCUGGGACGAGAGGUUGGGCAGACCGGUCACACAAACGCAGGAAUGUGCGUCAAACUGAAGACACACAGUGCAUUGUCAUGUCAUGUCUCUGUGUGUAUGUGUCUCUAUCUCUCUGCAGUGAGUGCUGUGCCUCUGUCUCUCUGACUGUCACUGCAUACCUCGAGUCGCCGCUUUUUGCUUUGCUUGACGCCAGAGUCGAGUUGCGUCACGGGCGAAAUGUUGGAGACAAUCAACUUGACGCAGUCGUUGCAUUCGCCCCACCACUCAUGUCUGCCGAGGAAGCGGUCAGCCUCGAAGUCACCGGCACCGAAGUGAUGGUACUGCAUGUCGUUUCUCACUCACAAUCCGUCAAUUGUCAACUCGCCGAUAAGCUGACUUGCUGACUCUGUGCACUUGUGUACAGACAGGGAUGUGUGUACAUAAGUGUCAACCACGGCGGUUUGUACAUGCACAGCAAGCUGAGAACGGCUGUCCGGCGGCCAUGUAUGUACAUAUUUGCG